UCGGCGGCGGUUGCUGCUGCGCGGCGCGGGGGUGGAGGUCGCGGGAGCGCGCGCGUCCCCCCCGCCCUCCGCCGCUUCAGCCUGGGGCGCGUUCACGGAGGCCAGCGGGGCGCGCAAGAAGGGGCGUCGGGCGCGCGAGUCCUCCCCGCGCCUCAGAGGAAGUUGGGGCGAAACUUUCCCGGGCGGGCAGAGCGGAAGAGCCCGAGGGAGGCGGAGGAGGAGUAGGUGAACAGCCGAAAUUAAGAAGUUCGCUUUCUUGAGCGGUGGAAUGUGUAACCACCCAGAGUACUCGCUGUUGCCGGAGCAGAGGCAUACUGUGUGUUUGUGUGUACGCAGGCUGAUGGGGUAUUACUUUCCAAGAAGCAGCAUGGAAAUUUCGCCUGCCCGUUGAUCAGAACGCCUUGAAGCUGCCCAUCUCUGAAUGGUCUGGAAGAUAAGUCUGUCGACGUACGGCACGCCUUUCAUCUUGACCGUUUAGUACCAUGCCUAGCAAGAUGGGGUCAAAAAUGAACCCGAAGAGAGACUUUAUCCGAGUCAAAACUCAUUAUAAUGGGGAUAUCCUCAUAACAAACCUUGGUGCGUCCAUGAACUACGACGAACUUUGCGAUGAAGUGCGGGAGAUGUGCAAUUUGCAGCUGGAGCAACCCAUUACCCUGAAGUGGAUUGAUAAUGAAGGUGAUCCAUGUACCAUUUCGUCUCAGAUGGAACUGGAAGAAGCAUUCCGCUUGUACUGUCAACACAGAGAUGAAGGGCUCAUUAUUCACGUUUUCCCCAGCAUUCCAGAGAAACCAGGCAUGCCGUGUCCGGGAGAAGACAAAUCGAUCUACCGCCGGGGAGCCAGAAGAUGGAGGAAGCUGUACCGAGUGAAUGGGCAUCUGUUUCAAGCCAAGCGCUUUAACAGAAGAGCAUACUGUGGCCAGUGCAGUGAAAGGAUAUGGGGUCUCGGAAGGCAAGGCUACAAGUGUAUCAACUGCAAGCUGUUGGUCCAUAAACGCUGUCACAUCCUUGUCCCACUGACCUGCAAAAGGCAUAUGGAUUCUAUGAUGCCUUCUCAGGAACCUCAAUUGGAUGAUAAGAAUGAUGAAGCCGACGUCCCCACAGAAGAGACGGAUGGAAUCUCUUAUAUUUCUUCAGCCCGGAAGCAUGACAAUAUUAAGGAUGAUUCUGAGGACCUCAAGCCAGUUAUCGACGGAAUGGAUGGAAUCAAGAUCUCUCAGGGGCUGGGCCUCCAGGACUUUGAUCUGAUCAGAGUGAUUGGACGCGGGAGUUACGCCAAAGUUCUUCUAGUGCGGUUGAAAAAGAACGACCAGAUCUACGCGAUGAAAGUCGUGAAGAAAGAAUUGGUCCACGACGACGAGGAUAUUGAUUGGGUGCAGACGGAAAAGCAUGUGUUCGAACAGGCGUCGAGCAACCCGUUCCUCGUUGGUUUACAUUCCUGCUUCCAAACGACCAGUCGGUUGUUUCUUGUUAUAGAGUACGUGAACGGGGGCGACCUCAUGUUUCAUAUGCAGCGGCAAAGGAAACUCCCAGAAGAACACGCAAGGUUUUAUGCUGCUGAAAUCUGUAUUGCUCUAAACUUCCUACAUGAGCGAGGCAUCAUCUACAGAGAUUUAAAAUUAGACAAUGUUCUCCUAGAUGCAGAGGGUCAUAUCAAGCUAACAGAUUACGGCAUGUGCAAGGAAGGUUUGGGCCCUGGCGACACUACAAGCACUUUCUGUGGAACACCAAAUUACAUUGCCCCAGAGAUUCUACGGGGAGAAGAGUAUGGGUUCAGUGUAGAUUGGUGGGCCCUUGGCGUUCUCAUGUUUGAAAUGAUGGCAGGAAGAUCUCCCUUUGAUAUUAUUACUGACAAUCCAGAUAUGAACACUGAAGAUUACCUCUUCCAAGUUAUCCUUGAAAAACCCAUUCGAAUUCCAAGAUUCCUUUCUGUGAAGGCCUCUCAUGUCUUGAAAGGAUUUUUAAAUAAGGAUCCCAAAGAGAGGCUUGGAUGCCAACCACAAACUGGGUUUUCUGAUAUCAAGUCUCACACGUUCUUUCGCAGCAUAGACUGGGAUCUGCUGGAAAAGAAGCAAGCAACCCCACCAUUUCAGCCGCAGAUCACAGACGACUAUGGUCUGGAUAACUUUGAUACCCAGUUCACCAGCGAACCUGUGCAGCUAACUCCCGAUGAUGAAGACGUAAUAAAAAGAAUAGACCAGUCGGAAUUUGAAGGAUUUGAAUAUAUUAAUCCGAUGUUGCUGUCAGCUGAGGAGACCGUAUGAAAGCACAGCAUCGACACAGAGGACGAGUAAUGUGAAUCGUUGACAUUUAAUCCUUAACAACAGUAUAUGCAUGCAAGGCUGGAGGAAACUGUACCGUUUUGAACGGAGACCAAUGACGGAGAGAAAUGCUGCUGCAGAAUCAAGAAAAAUAUAUAUAUGAUUUUGGUGGGUGUCUUCCUCUAUUUUUAAAAACAAAAUAAAGUUUGGGGCACUGACACAGCUGGCGUCAUGAAGAAAUCUACAUUUCGUGCCUGCUUCAUCAAGGAACAGCAGCCGAUUUGCAUCCUUGGAGAGAGAGAGAGAGAGAGAUUCCAAACCACUCUGAAAGCUGCACGCUUCCGAUGGACGUUUCGAUGCAACGAGCGACUCGAACCGUGUAACAUCCUGGAGAAUAAAAUGUUAGUGGUGUUGAAGCUUGCUUUAGAUGCCUUUUUUCACAAGUGGUACCCUAUCUUAGGCUUAAAUGUCUCGGUUUUAUUUAUAUAUAUAUAAAUGAUAUGAUAUAUAUAUAAAGGAAAAAAAGGAGUUGUGUUUUAUUAGCGAUCAGAACAAAUUUGGGUGCAGUAUUAAGUGCCUAAAUGGAUAAACUGCAUAAAAAAAUAUUCCAUAUUGGGAACACUUUAUAAAACCUGGCAAGUUCUGAUUAUUUAAAAAAGAGGGAAGAAAGUAUUUUACACACGGAGCAUAACUAACAGCUGCUAUCUAACACUUAACUUAUCUCUUCAUAGGACCUUUUAGAAGGGGCAGAGGUCUCAGCAAUAACGGUUCCAAAUUAAAAUUGACCGAUUCAAACAUCUGGAUGGCGUUUAAUGUGGGAGAUGAACAAAUUGACCAAAAUCUUGUCUAGAAAAUUUAAAUUUGCACAUGGUGAAUUCUGAAAAUACUUGAGCAGUGCCUACAUGACGUCUUGUGUUGUAAACUAGAGUUUUGAGAAAUAUUUUUAUCAAUGCAAUAUUUGGAAGGAGCAAUGGAAGCAGAACGGAUCGUAGCCUUAAGGUUUAAAGAGAAACAAAUUCUAGGAUAUCCAUCGACAUAUUGCAUUUUUUUUCUGAUAAAGCACACCUACUUAAAACUGCUUUGAAUCGUUCCGUGUGUAUUACUGAAUAACCCUACGGGGGGCUUCAUUUUGGUAAACACAACACUUAGUCAAAGCAGUCACAUAAUGAAGGAGGAAAUGAACAGAUAUGAGUAUUGUAUGAAUAUAGUAUGAUGAAAUAUGCCCAUAUUUCCUCAAAUGGGAGGAAGGUUGUAUCAGGUUGUUUGUCAGCUUUGGGAAUUAAAAACACGUCAAUUCGGUUGACUUGCUAACAAGUCCGCAUUGCUGCUUAAAACCUUUCAGAAUCUUACAAUGAUCCAUUGGAUUACUUAUCUAUGACAACAGGCAGUAUUUCGUGUUGGGAGACUCGUGUUCCAACCACUGAGUGGCUUACAGUUCUCGGGGGACGGAAAUUCUGCUGAAAGGAGAGAAACGCUGUGUGCCAUGCCAACUUCGCUAAUUUGUUAGACUCAAAAGCUACUUGCAAAUGUUCCUCGUUAUUUUCUCGUAUAGGUUUCUCAGGGUACAGCAUUGCAUUAGGUUCUCAACAGGACCUCUCUGUUGCAUUCAAGUCCAUGAGGUGCUAGGGUCAGACUGCCAAAUCAUGGGAUUGAAAAAUCGUCCAGCGAGCCAUUAAGAUUACAUUUUGUAUUUCCCAGAAUUAACGCACAUCUGUUAGUCCCAGGCAGAGCUGUUGAAGGUUGCUGUCUGGGCCGAAUUUCUUUCUAUUAAAUGAGAGGCGUUCUAACCAGCACUCAAUGAUUAAGUUAGCAGUACCUUCUUCAGACGCUUGGGAUUUCGAUAACCAAGUCACCUAGCUAAAAGAGUGUCUGUUUUCCCCCCCUUUUAAAAGCCAACCAUAGAAACAGUUUAAUAGCUUUUCUCCCCCUUCUCAGUGAAUUAUUCAGAGUACCCUGAAUGUUCUGUCUCUCUGUUCGAUUUAUAAUGGGACAGCUGGUUUUGCAUGGCGAUAUGACGCACACAGAUGCCGACGGGAUGAUGGGGUCAGGCGAAACAUGGAAGGUUCUUGGUCCUAAACUUGUGAUACCAGAACAUUAUGGUAGGGCGGGUGGGUGAAUGCACAAACGCUUGCUCACCAGACAUAAUAAAACAAUGCCUUGAUUUAUUUCUAAUUAAAGGCAUUUACGAUGUUGCUGUGUUGCCAAAUAAGUUGCUGGUUACAAGCUGGUUGCUCACGUGCAAGUGUAUGACUAAUGUUCUGUUCAUGAUGAAGGGGAAUUUUUUUAUAUAAAGUACUUGUUUUAUAAAUUAAAGAAAAAAAAUGAAGGCUGUAAUUUAAAUGUGUGGUUUAAAAAGAAUCCUAAUAUAUUGCAAAUUGAUCUGGUAAUGAUAUAAUUGUCUUAGUAUGUAAAUGAAAUGUAAAUGAAAACUCUCUAGCUAAUUUAAUGAUUGUAAAACAGUAAAUAUGUUCUUGUAGUUUUGUAUAAUUAACUAGUUGAGAUCUUGGGCCAGUUUUAUUUGUGCAAAAGAUGGUAUACUAAUCCAUAAACAGCUAAGAUCAUUUAUAUUCUUGCACAUCUAUUAAAGACUUUAAUGAAAAA